GGGCACGCGCGCUCGGGCCGAGACUGCGGCGCGGGCACUGGGCGAGCCCGCGGCCGCCAGAGCGCCCGGCGCAGCGUUUCCUUCGGGCCCGCUGCGGCUCAUGCGCCUCGGACCCGGGCUGUGGCGGGAGAGAAGAUGCCACGGCCCGAGUCCCAGAAGGCCGGGAUCCUGCGCUGCCGGCGUCGGGGAGAUUGAAGAUGACUCUUCAGCGAUGUUAGGUCUAUAAUGGGAAGUGUCACGGCUCGAUAUUUCUGUUACGGAUGCCUUUUCACAUCUGCGACCUGGACGGUUUUGCUUUUUAUUUAUUUCAACUUCAGUGAAGUGACUCAGCCACUUAAGAAUGUGCCCAUCAAGGGGUCCGGGCCCCAUGGCCCCUUUCCCAAAAAAUUCUAUCCCCGUUUCACUCGAGGCCCAAGUCGAGUGUUAGAGUCACAGUUCAAAGUAAACAGAAUUGAUGACAUGAUAGAUAAUCACGUUGAAGAUCCAGAAAAAGGCAACACGAAAUUCUCUUCUGAACUGGGCAUGAUUUUUGAUGAACGUGAUCAGGAGUUGAGAGACUUGGGCUAUCAGAAACACGCCUUCAACAUGCUCAUCAGUAACCGCUUGGGCUACCGCAGAGAUGUGCCCGACACCAGGAACGCCGCAUGUAAAGACAAGUCUUACCCCGCGGACCUGCCAGUUGCCAGUGUCGUUAUCUGUUUCUACAAUGAAGCCUUGUCUGCCUUGCUUCGUACGGUGCACAGCGUUCUAGACCGCACGCCAGCCCAGCUCCUUCAUGAAAUCAUCCUUGUGGACGAUGACAGUGACUUUGAUGAUUUGAAAGGAGAACUAGAAGAAUAUGUCCAAAAAUACCUCCCUGGAAAAAUUAAAGUAAUAAGAAACACAAAGCGUGAGGGACUGAUUCGAGGAAGGAUGAUCGGAGCGGCCCAUGCUACAGGAGAGGUCCUGGUGUUCCUGGACAGCCACUGCGAGGUGAACGUGCUGUGGCUGCAGCCCCUGCUGGCCGCCAUCCGGGAGGACCCGCGGACCGUCGUGUGCCCCGUCAUUGACAUCAUCAGUGCGGACACGCUCGCCUACAGCUCGUCCCCCGUCGUGCGCGGAGGGUUCAACUGGGGGCUGCACUUCAAGUGGGACCUCGUGCCCCUUUCUGAGCUCGGGGGACCGGAAGGAGCCACCGCACCCAUCAGGUCACCGACAAUGGCUGGAGGAUUGUUUGCCAUGAACAGACACUAUUUCAAUGAACUUGGACAGUAUGACAGUGGCAUGGAUAUCUGGGGAGGAGAAAAUUUAGAAAUAUCAUUUCGGAUCUGGAUGUGUGGAGGUAAACUCUUCAUCAUCCCGUGCUCUAGAGUCGGACACAUUUUCCGAAAAAGGCGACCGUAUGGCUCUCCUGAAGGCCAGGACACCAUGACCCACAACUCCUUGCGGCUGGCACACGUCUGGUUGGAUGAAUACAAGGAGCAGUAUUUUUCCUUAAGACCUGACCUGAGGACCAAAAGUUAUGGAAACAUCAGUGAACGUGUUGAACUGAGGAGGAAGUUGGGCUGUAAAUCAUUUAAAUGGUAUUUGGAUAAUAUUUACCCAGAGAUGCAGAUAUCUGGGCCCAAUGCCAAACCCCAACAACCCAUUUUUAUCAACAGAGGGCCAAAACGUCCCAAAGUCCUUCAGCGUGGAAGGCUCUAUCACCUCCAGACCAACAAGUGUCUGGUGGCCCAGGGCCGCCCGAGCCAGAAAGGAGGCCUGGUGGUGCUUAAAGCGUGUGACUACAGUGACCCCGGUCAGGUCUGGAUUUAUAACGAAGAGCAUGAGCUGGUUUUAAAUAAUCUCCUUUGCCUGGAUGUGUCAGAAACCCGCUCGUCGGACCCACCCCGACUCAUGAAGUGCCACGGGUCGGGAGGGUCCCAGCAGUGGACCUUUGGGAGGAGUAACCGGCUGUACCAGGUCUCGGUUGGACAGUGUCUGAGAGCAGUCGACCCACUGAGUCACAAAGGCUACGUUGCCAUGGCGAUCUGUGACGGCUCCUCUUCACAGUGGUGGCGUUUGGAAGGUUAAAGUGGCUGCUGUGCCGGAAUAUGGUAAUCCAUCAGCGUCGGCCUCCUCUGUAAGGCGUGAGGCUUGAGAAGUUGCUGGUACAAGAAAAUCCCUGAACUGAUUUCCCAAUUAAGUAGAACCAUUUUUGAGAAGGUGAGACAGCAGAUACACUAGAGACUGGAGCCCAGAGUGGUCAUCAAGGGAGUGAGGAAGUAUGUUUUACCAAGACAUUAACAUCAUUUCUGAGCUGCUAAGGAAUUUCUUGCUUAUGGUGAGAAACUAGAAUACAAUUUUAACUCUAUAAAGGGUCAGGUAUGUACAGAAAGACACACCCAGGAAAUUGAACAGAAAUGUCAAACUUUUAUUUAUGCUUCUUUUUAAUCCCUGAAUAAUGGAAUGGCGUUUGUCUGACCAGGAACUUGUCAUGAUUUCCUUUUUUAGAAGGACUUCAUAGGAAACAAAUUUUUUUUUACUUCUAUUAUCAUGUCUUAAAAUAAUUUUAAAGACUGAAUCCACAUUGCUUUUAACUUCAGAAGGCCUCAUUUAUAAGAUUAUAUAUUUAAGAGGCAGUUAACUGUUAUAAAUUAUUUUGAUGAACUAUGGUACUAUCUACAUUUAAAAUAAAGGGUUCUUUUGAUGAUUUA